CCUUCUUUAAUCCCCUACCUCACGUUCGCUCGAUAAACCCUAGUUUCUCUGUCUUCUAAUCUUCCUGCAAUUGGGGACAGCAACUAACAAUGGGAGGCAAGCGAAAGAAGAGCGAAGACGCUGAAUACGAAAAUGGCGAAGAUUUAGAAAUUAAAAAGAAAAAGAAGAAGAAGAAGAAUGAUGAUGAUAAAGAAGGAGAGGAGAAAAAGAAGGAGAUACUUCCAUCGACGAUAAAGAACAAAGAGAAGAGAUCAGCAGCUCUUGCUAAACUCAAACACUUAAAGAAGCUCGAGAAGCGGAAAAAGAUCAAAGCUCGUGAUGCCUCGGAGAAGCGCGCUCUUGAGCUCGGCGAGGAGCCUCCUCCAAGGCAGACUCCUCGGACCAUUGAGAAUACAAGGGAGUUUGAUGAGACUGUAUGCAAGCCUGAUGAUGAUGAGCUAUUUGCAGGCAAUGAUGCGGAUGAAUUUAGUUUAAUUCUAAGGCGGGAACGUACACCAAAGAUAUUGAUCACCACUUGCCGAUUUAAUUCUACAAGGGGACCUCUUUUUAUAAAAGAAAUGCUUUCAGUUAUCCCAAAUGCAGAAUACAGAAAGAGAGGAACCUAUGAUUUGAAAAAGAUUAUUGAGUAUGCAAUUAAGAAGGAUUUUACUACUAUCAUAGAUGUCCACACCAGCCGCAGAGAACCAGAUGCUCUCUUGAUCAUUGGUUUGCCCUAUGGACCUACUGCACAUUUCAAGCUCUCAAAUCUCGUCUUACGCAAGGAUAUUAAGAAUCAUGGAAAUCCUACCAAUCACCAGCCAGAGUUGGUAUUGAAUAACUUUACGACGCGCUUGGGCCAUCGGAUCGGGAGACUAAUACAGUCUAUUUUCCCACAAGAUCCAAAUUUUCGUGGGCGGAGAGUUGUAACCUUUCACAAUCAACGGGAUUUUAUAUUUUUCCGGCAUCACCGGUACAUUUUUGAAACCAAAGAGUGUAAAGACAAUGAUUCGAAAGGCCAAAAAGUGAAGGGUGAGAAGAUCGCUCAAGAGAAAGUAGUUGCACGCCUUCAGGAAUGUGGUCCUCGAUUUACAUUAAAGUUGAUAAGUCUGCAGCAUGGAACAUUCGACACCAAAAGUGGUGAAUAUGAGUGGGUUCACAAGCCUGAAAUGGAUGCCAGUCGAAGGAGGUUUUUCCUGUGAGUUGCAUCAGAUGAAGUUUCCUUGCUGGUGUUGGUACACAAUUCUGGCAAAUAGGGUUGGCACCAGAACCAACGACAUUGAUAUCACUACUCAGUGUUAGGAGGUGCAGUCUGUAAAAGUUAUUUCUAUCAGUUUGGCCAAUUGUUUAUUCUAAUUGGAGAUGCUAAGUCUCAAUAUAUAUCUUUAGCAUGGCUUUUCAGUUUUUUCUUUUA